GAGAGUGAAAGAGAAAGGGAGAGAGAUGGGAGUGUGUGAAAGAGUGACAGAGAGAGAGAGAGGGAGGGAGAGAGAGGGCAAGAGAGAGAGAGAGCGCGAGAGGGGGAGAGAUGUGAGUGGGAGAGAGAGAGAGUGACACACACACAAAGAGAGAGAGUGAAAGAGAGAGGUAGAGAUAAAGAAUGAAUGUGAGAAAAAGACAAUUAAACAGAGAAUUUUAGAUUAAGCAUGAAUCUGAGGGAGUAACUUUAAGAGAAGAAACUAUCUGAGAUAAAGAAAUAGAGACUGAGAGACCAGAAUAAUAUGAUAGUAAAAGUGUAUAUAUCUAAAACAUGGAACUUAUAAGAGAAAAAAAUAGAAUGACUGGUAUAGAUUCACUAACACCUCUUUUCUGCAUCUCCAAGUUCUCCAUUAAUUGCUUUGUUAUUCUAGGGAGCCCACACACUGAAGAAUGGAGAGGUUAAUGACCUUUAGAAAAUGGGUUCCUUAGAGUUAUCUAAGAACUGGAGAGAUUGUAUAGUUUGAAGAGACUGGAGAAAGUUGUUAGUGACUCUACUCCAGUGAUUGUGUCAGAUUUUGAAUGUGGUUGAGAAAGCUUUGUUGCGUUGAGUGAGAAAUUGAGGUUCUAGAGAAAAAUUAUCUAAAAUAAUAUGAUCAACAAGCUAUUUCCUUUCAGACAAGAUAUACGUUGUCCAUUGUUUCAACAUCUGAAGAACAAUAGUUUGUGCAGUUGUAACUUUUCCUCUACGUUUUCCAGGGCAUACAGAGACCUCCACAAUAAUCACAUGGCGUAUUCUCCAAUGGGUGCCAAAGCCUGGCAAGAUGCAUCAUAUAAGACAAUCCAACUCGCCCAUGAUCUGAAGCUUAGCCCAGGUCCUGUUGCCAAUGGUCAGUGGGCAUCAAGAACAAAUAAUGGCACAAAUCAAAUUAAGGGCAACAGGAAAGACUUAACAACUCCACCACCCUUUCAAAAAGAGCUCAUCUCCGAAGCGUGCAACACUUUCGCACGUGAUUACAUGAGAGAUGCGCAAAACUCACUUUAUAGUCUGAGACUUGCCCUUUUGGAGACCAACCGCCAUAUGCACAAACUACAAAGAGAGAGAGAUGCUCUGUUACGUUGUCAUGCCAACAUCAGGAAAGACAUAGUCACUAACCGGGAAACUGCUGCACUCCGUGGGAUAAGGCCCAAAGGCGAGAGGUAUCCUGAUAAAGUGGACCCACUCUUACAAGAGGAAAAAGAGAGUCUUGCGCAUAUGAAAAAACAUACAGAAAGACAACUGCAAGAAAUUGGAAGACAACUACAGGUGCUACAAAAACAACGUAAGAUGUUGACAGAGUAUAGCAAAGAGAGAAGCCAAGUGCUGACUAUCAUGAGCGAUAAUGCCAGACCACCUCUGAAACUGAAGAACUCAGCAUUUAUAAACGUUCCUAGUCAUGCAAAAGAAGAAUGUAAUACUGUGGUAAAGAACGCCCAUGUAAUGAGUGAACGUUUAAAAAAUACGCAACCUACUGAUUGGCAGAAACCAGCAGAUCAAGAUCGAUGGUAUCUGAAAGAUAGUAUCACCAAGGCACUUCUGAAGAAGGCAAAUGAAACGGCUUGCAUUAAGGAUGAUGUGACUCUUACUCUUGGGGACAUAAGGAACUUUGUCAAUAAACAGAAGCAACAUCUGGAUGAAGUUAAGAUUAGUUUACUUCUGCAAAAGGGUCCAGAGUGCAGUCAAGAUCUCUCUUUACGAGAGCGUCUGGAUCGUCCCUUAGUGAAGAAUCUGCAGAAACAUCCAGAAACUCAACUCCCUGAAGCUGCUCUCAUUUUAGAAGGUGCCUCAUGCUUGCAGAAGUCAUUUGAAAGAGCCCAUGAAAGAGUUGGUCGCCUGGAAAACACUCGCCAAAAUCUGCAGAGUGAUCUGGAAAAUAAGAGAUGGGGAGAACGUUUAGACCGAGCGGCUGCCAGACUGCGGGAGAGGAGUGAGAAAUAUCGUGGAGAGAGAUUGAUCAUCCGAUCACUUAAAAACUGACCAGAAGUAGAUUGACGGAUGCGGUUAAACCAGGCAACCAAUGCAUGCUAAAUAAAAAUACUGAAAUAUUCUUCAAA